AACAGCGGAUGUAUACAUAACUGGCAAGGUAUAAAUACCACAGCCCUUUGUUUGCACAAACAGACUCGUUUCCUCAAGACAGGCACAAGAGUGAAGAUUCAAGAAAACCGGCGGAGAUAAUUUGUUUUGUCAAGAUGCAGAUCUUUGUAAAGACCCUGACUGGCAAGACCAUCACCCUAGAGGUUGAGCCCAGUGACACCAUCGAGAAUGUCAAGGCCAAGAUCCAGGACAAGGAGGGCAUCCCCCCAGACCAGCAGCGUCUGAUCUUCGCCGGCAAACAGCUGGAAGAUGGCCGCACCCUCUCCGACUACAACAUCCAGAAGGAGUCCACCCUUCACCUGGUGCUCCGUCUGAGGGGAGGCAUGCAGAUCUUUGUGAAGACCCUGACUGGUAAGACCAUCACCCUGGAGGUUGAGCCCAGUGACACCAUCGAGAAUGUCAAGGCCAAGAUCCAGGACAAGGAGGGCAUCCCCCCAGACCAGCAGCGUCUGAUCUUCGCCGGCAAACAGCUGGAAGAUGGCCGCACCCUCUCCGACUACAACAUCCAGAAGGAGUCCACCCUUCACCUGGUGCUCCGUCUGAGGGGAGGCAUGCAGAUCUUUGUGAAGACCCUGACUGGUAAGACCAUCACCCUGGAGGUUGAGCCCAGUGACACCAUCGAGAAUGUCAAGGCCAAGAUCCAGGACAAGGAGGGCAUCCCCCCAGACCAGCAGCGUCUGAUCUUCGCCGGCAAGCAGCUGGAAGAUGGUCGCACCCUCUCCGACUACAACAUCCAGAAGGAGUCCACCCUUCACCUGGUGCUCCGUCUGAGGGGAGGCAUGCAGAUCUUUGUGAAGACCCUGACUGGUAAGACCAUCACCCUGGAGGUUGAGCCCAGUGACACCAUCGAGAAUGUCAAGGCAAAGAUCCAGGACAAGGAGGGCAUCCCCCCAGACCAGCAGCGUCUGAUCUUCGCCGGCAAGCAGCUGGAAGAUGGUCGCACCCUCUCCGACUACAACAUCCAGAAGGAGUCCACCCUUCACCUGGUGCUCCGUCUGAGGGGAGGCAUGCAGAUCUUUGUGAAGACCCUGACUGGUAAGACCAUCACCCUGGAGGUUGAGCCCAGUGACACCAUCGAGAAUGUCAAGGCCAAGAUCCAGGACAAGGAGGGCAUCCCCCCAGACCAGCAGCGUCUGAUCUUCGCCGGCAAGCAGCUGGAAGAUGGCCGCACCCUCUCCGACUACAACAUCCAGAAGGAGUCCACCCUUCACCUGGUGCUCCGUCUGAGGGGAGGCAUGCAGAUCUUUGUGAAGACCCUGACUGGUAAGACCAUCACCCUGGAGGUUGAGCCCAGUGACACCAUCGAGAAUGUCAAGGCCAAGAUCCAGGACAAGGAGGGCAUCCCCCCAGACCAGCAGCGUCUGAUCUUCGCCGGCAAGCAGCUGGAAGAUGGUCGCACCCUCUCCGACUACAACAUCCAGAAGGAGUCCACCCUUCACCUGGUGCUCCGUCUCCGUGGUGGCAACUGAGCAACUUCUCUGCCCUUAACGAUGUCUCACAUGCACCCAAAUUCCCCACCAUUCCUACUCAAAUCUUCAAUUCCUUCCUUAACUCCAACCCAGCCUUUGACUUCCAUACCCACAUCCUAAUUACUUUUAAGUUCAAUAAAGUUCAAGCAUUCCUGA